CCUAGUCCUAUGCAGCGUGCGUUUAGGGGUAUCACAUUUACGUGCAGCCGUCGUCACGUGAUGUGGUUUACGUUAUUUUUCGUGCAGUUUUUGGUGGAAAUAUGCGGUUUCGGAUCUUCCCACCUCCCCUCGGCAUAUCACUGUAUAGAAUGCCGAAGCUUCACCCCGGUUGUAGCCGUCUACCCCCUGCACUGUGCCGGCUACAUGGAGUGGUAGGAUCCCGGUAGCCAGGCUGUGCGGAGGGUUGAUGAAUGCUUGAGCUCAGCCAGUCGGUAGUUGGUACGGGUGCUGGUACGGUUGGUCCGCAUUUUAGGAGACAUUUUUUUUGAAAAACCGAUGAGGACCAAGUUGUUCUUAUGUUUUGCAAAGUCACGCAGUAAUUGCAUAUUGAUGGGACCACCAUUGACAUCUCUAACUGUCGAAGCUUACGCAGCUUCCAAGAUCGUUUACUGUCUAUAACGUUGUCUUCGAAUAGAAUCUUCAAUUGAACAUCACUGCCUCCAAUCUACAAAUGGCUACUUCAUCGACCAUAAAUUUGUGACUAUUGCUCAAAAUUUUUUCUUCAUUCACUUGUAAAAUAUGGAAUAUCCACUGGUUGUCAUGAGUUCGGAUCCCGAUUUGGGAACAAUAUAUUUAGACGUAACCGAAAAUGGUACAAGUUGGAAUCAAACCAUCGAAGAUGCUGAUCUUAAGGAAGAUUUAUCGCCUUUUCAACUAGCAACUUUACUUGUUAUGGGAAGUGUUCUUGUUUUCAUCAUAGUAAUGACAAUUGGUGGAAACUUUUUAGUAUUAAUGGCCGUUAUAUUUAAUCCAUCGUUAAGAAGUGCUACAAACUGUUUUAUCGUCAAUUUAGCACUCGCUGAUCUUUUAUUGGGGAUAAGUAUUUUGCCAUUUUCGGCUACUUUAGAACUACUUGGGAAAAAAUGGCUUUUCGGUCAAGUUUUCUGCAAUAUCUGGGCAGCUACUGAUGUCCUCUGCUGUACAGCAUCUAUUAAUAGUCUUUGUGUCAUCAGUGUCGAUCGUUAUAUCGGGGUCACUAGACCACUCACCUAUUCUUCAUUAGUUACUCACGGAAAGGCAAUAGUAGCAUGUAUCCUCGUUUGGGUGUUAUCCAUCGCCAUUUCUGUAGGUCCAUUGCUAGGAUGGAAAGAACCACCCCCAAAAGAUCCAUUUGUCUGUGAAGUUAAUAAACAAAUGGGUUAUGUCCUGUUUUCUGUAUCAUUUUCGUUCUACAUUCCAACGUUAAUAAUACUUGUUGUCUAUUAUAAAAUAUAUAAGGCAGCUGCAAAACAAACUAAAUUUUUAGAAACAGGAGUUAAAGUAGUUAAAACUUCCGGAGCUGCGGAUACCAAAGAGCUGACUCUGAGAGUUCAUGGAGGAACGCACCAUGUCGUGUCUUCUAAUUCUCACAAUAAGAAAGAGAAAUAUGAGACCAACACGGUGAAGAUUCCGGUACUCGGUUUACAGGGAAGAUUAGCUAAGUUUAGAAGACAGAAAAAGGCAGCUAAGACCUUAGGAAUCGUUGUUGGUGUCUUCAUUAUAUGUUGGUUUCCAUUCUUUUUUCUUCUGCCAUUCAGUACUCUUUGCAUAAAGUGUAACAUCCCCGAUUUACUAUUCGAUGUAUUUUUCUGGACAGGUUACUUCAACAGCUGUUUGAAUCCCAUUAUCUACGCUUGUUCAAGUAGGGAUUUCAAACGAGCCUUCCGUCACGUCCUUCGCUGUAAAGGUCUAACCAUACACCGAGGUAGUCGAAGAGAUAGCAGAUCAAUAAGUUCGAAAACUAUACAUUUUACAUUCCGUAGUACCAGAAGGGUGCCAUUAGGUAAAGCCAAAAGGGAACAAGGUACAUCCUCCGAUAACGAAACCGGUAGUAAGAUGUCCAGUCGUAUGUCGUCCUUAGAAGAAAGAGACUGCCCUCCAGGUACACCUCCACAACUAAAUGGAUGCGAUAUCAUUGAUUCGGGCAAUAGGGAAGCUUUACUGCCAGAUGAGCAAUAACUAUAUACAUAUGACACUAGUUUGCACUGCUCUUUAUUAGCUUCCAAGAGUAAUAUUGCGCAUACGCGCAAAUCUAUUGCCCGUAGUUAGUACACAUACACGCACUUGCCAAAGAUUAGAAGGGCGCGCGUUUUAAGAAUGUGGUUUUUAGUGAUAUAAAAGCUUCGCACGUUCUUCCACACAUGUGUUAGAAAAAAAAUAGCACUAAAAUAAAGAAUAUUAGUAAUGUAUGAGGCUGUCCUUGCCAAAAAGUGUGGCAUCUAUUUUUGUAAAAUGCUCAGUGAUUAGAGAAUGUAACAUAAGCUAAUGUUACAUCUUUCUAAUCUUUCACCGAAAAGGCAAUACAGGGAGGUGUCUUCAUCCUCUGGACAUAAAUUUUGUCUGAUUGUUGACACAUUUAGAGGUUCUAUGUUGUUGUUGUUGCUGAACAUAGUUUAUCGCACCCGAUCAUCCUAAAAAUCCUUUAUCCUUACCGAUAAUUCGGUGUCAAUAGGGUGAAAAAAUUGACGCACUUUCGAGUUAUCCAAUAUUUAAAUCGCGUUUUUGUUUCGAAUUUAAGACGGAAAAAUGUUUCCUCUAGCGUAAAAUAAGGAUCAUUUGCAAAUAAUAUUUAUCUGGUUGCACUGUACCAUUUCAUUGUCCGUAUGUUUUGUCUCGAAAGGAAGUAAACUCAAUUAAUUCCUAAUUCUGUCAUAAAAAUAAAUAAGUAACUAUAGUAGUCAUCCCUCCUAACUUGUACGUAAAACGUCCAAUUUGAUUUUCUUUCAGUAUUCCAAGCUGAUAGUUGACAAAUUUGAAUGUUAAUGAAUUAAAAAAUAAUAAUAAUUAAUAAUAAAAAAAGCUUGGUACAACGGAAAAAUGUAAAUUUUCU